CUUCCGGGGGAGGAGGGGGCGGGAGGGGAGAGAAAGAAAGAACAGCCGCCGCCAUCUUGUGACAGUCGGGAUCGAGCCGAGCGCACACUUCGGUUCCGCCGCCAGAGCCACUCACCCCGACCCCCGGCCCCGCCACAGCACCGCACCGCACCGGCCCACCCGCCCACAGGCAGACAGACAGACAGACAGGCACCAUGAGCGACAUCGACGAGACGGCUUACGAAGGGCGGGAAUCCCGCUCGCCAUCAAAGUCUCCAAGUGGGAGCGCAGGUCGUGUAAAGUCGGAAAGCCGUUCUGCAUCUCGCAGUCCAUCAAGGGCCUCCAAACGUUCUGAAUCUCGCUCCCGAUCAAGAUCCAAGUCUAGAUCACACUCCAGAAGACAUUCACACCGGCGCUAUUCGCGCUCAAGAUCACGUUCCCAUUCUCACAGAAGGCGAUCUCGCAGUCGAUCUUACACACCGGAGUAUCGUUCACGGAGGAGGAGCCGUAGUCAUUCUCCAAUGUCCAGUCGCAGACGACACGCAGGAAGUAGGACAGGCCAUGCGUCAGCCAAACAUGGCGGAGGAUUGAUAGUGGAUGUGGACAAGUCCGCUGCCAGGACUGCACCGUCGUCCCAGCUGAAGGAUGAUGCUUGGAGGCGAGCAGGAUAUGGAAAGAAGGAGGGCAAAAUCGGAUCUCAAAAUGCUAAUCCAGAUCCAAAUACUUGUCUCGGAGUUUUUGGUCUUAGCUUGUACACCACUGAGCGGGACCUGCGUGAAGUCUUCUCUCGAUAUGGACCAUUGGCAGGAGUCAAUGUAGUUUAUGAUCAGCGGACUGGGAGAUCAAGAGGAUUUGCGUUUGUUUAUUUUGAAAGACUAGAGGAUGCUAAAGAGGCAAUGGAACGUGCUAAUGGUAUGGAACUGGAUGGGAGGCGAAUUCGUGUGGAUUAUUCUAUUACAAAGAGACCUCACACCCCGACUCCUGGGAUCUAUAUGGGAAGACCAACUCAUAGCAGUGGUGGCGGCGGCGGUGGUGGUGGAGGAGGAGGAGGAGGAGGAGGUGGAGGCGGUCGUCGUCGCGAUUCAUACUACGAUCGUGGAUAUGACAAAUAUGACAGAUACGAUGACCGAGACUACGAUUAUCGUAGUAGGCGACGUUCACCAUCGCCAUAUUACAGCAGAGGAUACCGUUCCCGUUCAAGAUCCCGUUCAUAUUCGCCACGACGUUACUGAUGAGGCUCUGCUGGGUGGCUGACUGAAGAUUUUUAAUUAAUGUGUUACAUUAUUUUUUUCGGGGGGGGGGCGGGGUGGGAUUAAGCUUUUGGUAGUUCACAUGUAUAGUGCAUGAUAGUUUCUGUGGCUAUAACUGCUUUGGAAAGGUAAUUCUUACAGCUACUUGCUUGAACUGAUUUAUGUAGUUCGUAAACUGAUGUAAAGAAAGCAGAGGGCUGGAAUUUAAUGGUGAUCUUAUAAUUACCAAAACAGGAUAAACAAUUAUUUGAACACACAAAUGCCAGCAUUCAUUGGUUUUGUGACGGUUUCACUGUCCUGGGAUUGUAACUGCUGUUGAAGCUGAUCUACAGUUCUCAUGUUCUGUUUUUGUGUUUUGUUUUCUUAAAUAAAGCUGAUGUAAACAUAGAAAAAAAUCAGUAUUUGCUAAAUAACAAUUUGAAUUGUACAAAAGGGUAGUGUCAUGAUGUCCCUCUUAUUGAACAAUUCUAAAAGGUAAUCUAAGUCUUGGAACCUAUUGAUCUGACCAGGUAAUAGUGGGAACAUUGAAUUUCUGCCCUAGGAUGAAAAUGUGAUGUGAUGGAAUUCUGUAACAAUGUCUCUACACAGUUGUAAAGGAUUAUAAGAAUUAAAUUGUUUUUAGUUGAUGCUGUA